AGCAGGUUUCACUUGACCCAUCCCUAUGGAUCCCACCCAAGUGAUGCCUGAUCCCCUGAGGAUCUGCUCCUCGCAGCUCUCUGGAUCCUCCCCCACUCUGGGUUCUGCCGGGGUCUGCUCCCCUGGGGCUGGUCUCCUCCUGCUAAUAUUUGAACCUCGGUGAGAGCCCCGUUGUGCCGAGAGGAUGCCCUUGGGGGUGAAGGGUCUCAAGGCAGCAGCUGACUGUGUGUGUGGGGGCCGGGGGGGAUGGGAGGAUGGGGACUAUUCAUUCUAUUUGGAUUUUAUUUUAUUUUUAAAUACUAUGUUUGGUUAUGUGGGAAAUAAAAAUUGGAGAGUCCCACUGGGGCCAGAUCCUCCAGCCUGGGAGUGUCUGUAUCGGUGCUUGGGGAGGGGAAUGGUGGAGGACCCCAAACACGGGGCUGUGGAUCACACAGGAGGCUUUUACGGUACAUUUACGAAAGUUUGUCUGGCUCUAUUAUCCGUAAAUCCAUGGUGUUGGUAUUAAUUACAUUGCUUUCCUUUAUUAAUGGAGUCCCCCAUCAGCUGAUCUAUUCUCUUCAGUGGGAUUGAGGUUAGGCUGACAGGCCUAUGAUUAUCCAGGUCAUCUUGUUUACCCUUUUAAAAUAUUGGCAAAACUUGUGUGUGUGGUCAGCCAGGGCACUGCCAGGCGGCAGCUCGCAGCUUUCAGGCUCCGGGGGAAUGGGAAAGGGGUGUCCCCUUUUCUAACCUGUCACCCAGCACUGGAGAGUUAAGAGCUGCUGAGCUGAGAUGGAAGGGUUGUCCCAUGACCCCAGAGCCUUCAUCCACCCAGUGAAAUUUAAGGGGAAUGCUGCAUCCCGUCACCCUCUUUGCUGCCAUGAUGGCUGAGAGGGGCUGGGGUGGAGACCCUGUCCUGGGGCUGGGGCUGCUUCAUUCAUGUGGCCCUGCUCCCCUCCCAGAGCUGGGGAUAGAGUCAUAAAAACGUAGAACUGGAAGGGACUUUGGUAGCUCAUCCAGUCCCAUGCACUGAGGCACUUCAGGUAUUAUCUAGACCGUUCCAGACAGGUGUGUGUCCAGCUUAUUCUUAAAACUCUCCAAUGACCGAGAUUCCACACGCUCCCUUGGUAACCUGUUCCCGUGCUUAACUACCCUGACAGGAUGCUUUUCCUAAUAUCUAACCUCAGUCUCCCUUGCUGCAGUGUAAGCCCAUUAAUCUUGUCCUGUCCUUAGUGUGUAAGGACAACAAUUUGUCACCCUUCUCUUUGUAACAACCUCUUACAUACUUGAAGACAGUUGUCAUGGCUCCCUUCAGUCUUCUCUUCUCCAGAAAAACUCCGUUUUUUCAGUUGUUUUCUAGACCUUUAAUCAUUUUUGUUGCUGUCUGUGUAGGUGAAGUCCCUCAUCACCGCUAAGGUCUGGUCUCCACUACAGACUUCUAGCGGUAUAACUUCAUCGCUCAGGGGUGUGAAAAAGCCACACCUGUGAGCCACACAGUUACACCAACCUAACCUGCCGUCUGCACAGCGCUAUGGCAGCAGGAGAGCUUCUUCCGUCAACAUAGUUACCACCUUUUGGGGAGGUAGAAUUACUAUGCCGAAGGAAGAGCUCUUUCCUGUCAUCUUAGAGCGUCUUCAAGUGCUACACUGGUGCAGCAUUUUAAGUGGAUGUUUGCCCUGAGGCUUGUGUUUGGGAUGAUUUUGUUAGUUGUUUAAAAAAAGCCUCAUCCACCUCUUGAUGGUCCCUCGUAGACCCCUACCAUGACCUUACCCGUAUAUUUUCCUUUUAUCCUUUCUCAGAGCCUUUCAGCAGUCUGCCUCCCUUCUCUUUCAAUCCCAAUGUAAGUGUAUACGUCUUGGAUAGUCAAGACAACACCUCCUCCCUUUGUCCCCUACCUGUCCUUCCUGAACAAGCUGGCCCCAUCUAUACCGCUAUUCCAGUCAUGUCAAUUGUCCCACCAAGUCACUGUGAUGUCAGUGGUGGCCUAAGUGUGAUUAUUCACUAAUAGUUUUAGUUCUUCCUGUUUAUUCUCCAUACUUCUAGCAUUAGUAUACAGCCAUCCAGGAACCCAGGAGUCUCGGCUCCCAGCCCCCCUGAUCUAAGCCACUAGACCCAGAGCCGAGGCGUCCUUGAGCAACAGAAGCUCGCUCCACAUGACUGGGAUCAUGCCUGGCCCUGCACCAGGGUUCCCCGACCCGGCCAGGAUCUCCCGGCUAGAGCGAGGGGAAGAGCCCAGGGUCCCGGAUCUCCAGGGCUCCGAGGAAAGGGAGAUCCCGAGAGGUGCCCGCGCAGCAUGCGCCAGGACGGAGGAGAAUCCCCAGCGGGAAGGGCCUGCAGGAACGGAGUCUUACGGCAGCCCCAAGCAGGGGGAGGGCCGGCCCGACUGGGAGACAGUGUGCGAGAGCCCCUUGCAGGAGAUCCUGGUGCACCAGCGCACCCACAUGGGUGAGAAGCCCUACAAAUGCCCCGAGUGCGGGAAGAGCUUCCACCAGAGCUCCCACCUCAUCCGGCACCAGCGCAUCCACACCGGGGAGCGCCCCUACAAAUGCGGCGAGUGCGGCAAGGCCUUCAGCCAGAGCUCGCUGCUGACCCGCCACCAGCGCACCCACACCGGGGAGAGACCCUACAAAUGCACCGACUGCGGGAAGAGCUUCAGCCGCGGCUCCAACCUCAGCCAGCACCAGCGCAUCCACACCGGGGAGCGCCCCUACAAAUGCACCGAGUGCGGGAAGAGCUUCACGCUCAGCUCCCACCUGAUCCGCCACCAGCGCACGCACACGGGCGAGCGGCCCUACAAAUGCGGCGAGUGCGGCAAGGCCUUCGCCGAGAGCUCCCACCUGCGCCAGCACCGCCGCACCCACCGCUGCGAGCCGCCCUACAAGUGCCCCGACUGCGGGCGCGCCUUCGCCCUGAGCCUGGACUUUGUGCAGCACGUGCGGGAGCACACGGAGCGCCGCCCCUACCGCUGCGGGGCCUGCGGACGUUGCUUCCCCCUCAGCUCGGCCCUCUCGCAGCACCGCAAGAGCCACCACCGCCCCCCGGCCGCCCCCAAGGCCCACCCGUGCGGGGUGUGCGGGAAGGUGUUCGGGAAGAGUUCGCAUCUGGUGACCCACCGGCGGGUGCACACGGGCGAGAAGCCCUUCGCCUGUGCGGAGUGCGGGCGCGGCUUCAGUCAGAGCGCCGACCUGGCGAAGCACCGGCGCACCCACACCGGCGAGCGGCCCUACCGCUGCCCCGAGUGCGGCAAGAGCUUCAGCGUCUCCUCCACCCUGGUCAAGCACCAGCGCAGCCACAAGGGGGAGCGGCCCUACCCCUGCCCUGAGUGUGGCAAGUGCUUCAGCCAGAGCUCCAACCUCAUGCAGCACCAGCGCAGCCACCGCGGGCACCGGCCCUACCACUGCACCGAGUGCGGCAAGGCCUUCGCCCAGAGCUCGGCCCUCCUGCAGCACCACCGCACCCACACCGGUGAGAAGCCCUUCGCCUGCCUUCAGUGUGGCAAAGCCUUCAGCCUCAGCUCCAACCUGCGGCAGCACCGGCGCACCCACACGGGCGAAAAGCCCUACAAGUGCGGGGAGUGCGGGAAGAGCUUCUACCAGAGCUCCAACCUGGCGCAGCACUGGCGCACCCACACCGAGGAGAAACCCUACAGCUGCCCUGACUGUGGGCGCGGCUUCCGCCACAACGCCCACCUGGCGCAGCACCGGCGCACCCACACCGGCGAACGCCCCUUCCCCUGUGCCCAGUGCGGCAAGACCUUCAGCCAGCGCUCCAACCUGCUGCAGCACCGGCGCACCCACACCGGCGAGCGCCCCUUUGUCUGCACCCACUGCGGGAAGGGCUUCGGUGACAGCUCCAACCUGCUGCAGCACCUGCGCACCCACACGCCGGAGAGACCCUAUCAGUGCCCCGAGUGCGGGCGCAGCUUCCGCCACGGCAAGCACCUGACCCAGCACCGCUCCCUGCACACGGGCCAGAAAUCCCACUGCUGCCCUGACUGCGGGAAGGGCUUCAACUGGAGCUCCCACCUCGCCCAGCACCGGCGCAUCCACACCGGGGAGCGGCCCUACCAGUGCCCCCAGUGCGGGAAGGCGUUCACCCAGAGAUCCAACCUGCUGCAGCACCAGGCCCUCCAUCGCCCUGCCCAGGACCUGGCUGAGCAGCUGCAGAUGAGCCCUGUGGCUUAGGAACGGCUGGGGUCAGAGGUCAUGCCAGAGAGGAGGGAGACCCCCCUCCCAGCAUGGGAUACCUGGGGUUAAAGGUUUGACAAUGUCUGACACCUAGGACUCCCCCACAGCAUGGACACGCCAACUAGACCCCACUCGGACGUGCUGCCAGGGAAUGGGGGGGUGAAUUAAACAGGCUCCCAGAGGGGAGUUAUUUGCUGGAGUGGGGAGCUGGGGACUUUAUUAAUAAAGGGUGUAAAGUAAGAGUGUGUGUGCAGCACUGCCCCCUGCUGGAGGGAAUUGGUUGUGUGUGUGUGCAGCACUGCCCUCUACUGGAGGGAAUCAGUCCUGUGUGUGCAGCACUGCUCCUUGCUGGAGGGAUGUGGGGCUUUCUGGAUGUGGGGCUGUGUGUGUGUGUGUGUGCGUGUGCGUGUGUGUGCGCGCACGCAGGCAUAACACUGCCCCCUGCUGGAGAGAAGCAGUCAUGUGUGCACACAUGCACAGCGCUGCCCCCUGCUGGAGGGAUUUGGGGCUUUGUGUGUGUAUCCCUGCUGCCCCCUAGUGGAGUAAAUGAGCCCAGGUACCUGUGUGAUUCUGUAUGUGGGAAUAUAAGACACUUUCCCCCCCAUCACAAACCCCUUCCUAUCAACCCACGUGAAAUCCAGAUGGUAAGAAAAACAGUUUUUGUCCCAGAGGGAACACGAGCCUCAAGGCAAGGAAGAGAGCCCUCUCUGCACUCUGUGGCGCAGCCCUCCCAGAGCCAGGGCACCCGUCCCUUGCUCUAAUCCACUAGCCCCCAGUCUCCUCCCAGGGCCAGGGACUGACCUGGGGGUGCUGGGAGCCAUUGAACCAAACUAAACCCUGUAUAUGAUGGAAAUCACUUCAAGUCAGCCCACACGCCCCUAGUUCCAGCACUCUCAGCCCAGCUCUCCCCCAGGGUGUGACAGACAGGCGUUCAGAGCAGCUGCAUGGCUCUGACAGAGCCACUGUGAUUUCACACAGUGGAGGGCCCCUGUUUGGGGGAUCCCCCAUGGAGACAUCUCACUCCAAUUGCAGGGCGGGCCAGAGAGAUGCAAAUCCUUCCCCUCCACCUGGUAAGCUCCCAGAGUCAUUUCAGACCUGGUCUGUUCUUCAGUGUAAAUGUGAUAAUGCCUGGGAAUUGUCCCCUUGCCUGAAAUCAGUCACCCUGAGCACUGGCUUUCCUCAUUUGCUCCACGUGCAGCACCUGGCACAACGGGGGCUCGAUAUCUGGGUCUGUACAGUGCCUGGCACAAUGGCAGCUCCAAUCUUGGUCAGGGCCUGACUGAAGUGGGGGAAGAGGUGAGGGUUGGGACCCAGCUGGGGGGGCUUGUUGGAGCGGGAGGUGAGGGAGCCGGCAGGGUGUCCGGUGCAGGCUACAUAAGUAGCAAAGCACACGCCCCUCUACCUGAUAGUGAUUAAAGAAUCCUCUCUGCCCCGUGUCGGGGGCUGCCAGCUGUUCCCUGUGGGCUGGCACCUGUUCUCUGAUAUGUGGCACACUCCCCUCUGGCGGCUGGCCUGUGUAGUGGAUAACAGCCCACUGAUGCUACCAGCAAAGGGGUGACUCCUUUCAGAGCUCAGGGCUGAUGGGCAUGGGCAGUAGUCAAGAGAGAAUAACAACCUGCUACUGCUGCUUGGCUCAAACAGGAGAGAGCCGAGUUAGGCUGUCCUCCCAAAGGCUUUGAAUUCAUUAGUGCUGGCGACUGCGGUACAUGGACGAUAACAGUUUACUAUGGCAGCCUGCAGGUGGCAUUACUGCACUCAAGUGGCAGCAUGUUGUGAUGUAGAAGGGAAGGCCAUGGGUUUGAAUCCCAGUCAGGGCUGUUCUGCUGUGUGCUGCCUGCCCUUGUUGAUGUUAGGGGGUGCUCAGUGCUGCUUCAAAUGGGGUUCUAGGCACCCCUGAGUAGCAGCCAUGCUGGCCUCAGGCUGUUGGGGCAGGUUUGUAGAGCUCUGAGCCUGGCCACCUGCACAUCCUGGAGGCCCAGCAUCCUGGCUGUCUGCUGGGGAGGGAGGUAGCUCUUUCUCUAUCCCCAUACACCCCCUGUAUCUAUCUCUAGCCCCAUGCACUACCUCCGCUAUCCUCAUACCCCCAAUCCAUAAGAACAGCCAUACUGAGUCACACCAAAGGUCCAUCUAGCCCUGUGUCCUAUCUUCCGCCAGUGCCAGGUGCCCCAG